CUCCGAGAAACUCGGUGUCCGAACGUUUAUCUCGCAAUGGCCGACUUUGCAAGCUGGCUGUAUCAGCAGAACGAGUGGCCGAAUGAGAUGUGGUCACAGGCGCAGUUCGCACAGCAGGAGUGGCCAGAAGCUGGCUGGCACCAACCGCCGCAGGACAGCGGGGAUUGGCAGCCGCAGUUCGGGUUCACGCCCGCGCCGCCCGCUGCGCCGCCACCGGCGCCGGUGCCUAGAAUGCCUCCAGGAGUGGGUGGCGAGCCGGUGCCCCCGCAGAGGUUCACGCCCGGCACACGGAAGCGGAAGCUCUGCAUACACCACGAGUCCGGGAACUGCAGAUACGGCUCUGACUGCAAUUUCGCACACGGCUUGGAGGACCUGGCUGAGGACUGCCAAGAGGCGGUCACAAAGCGGCCACAGACGGAGAGGAUGGAUUUCACUGGCCUCGAAGCUGGUCGUCUGACGAAGAGCCUCACCGUACCUCAGGACCAGGUAAGCUCCGUCAUGACCCCGUCGACCCGAGAGCUUCUAUUGGAAGUCACCGGGGCCUAUGACAUCGAGUGGGUGAAGCAGAAGCGGAGCAUCCAGGUGACUGGCACCGCGGCCCAGCUGGAGAAGGCUGAAAAGGCCCUCCAGCGGGUGGUGGCCCACUGCAACUGGGGCGCCACGGAGGCGAAGAUCCGCAGCAUCCUGCGGCCCCGCCUGGACUACAAGUCCGCUCGCAUCAGACUUGCAUCCAUGGCCCCCACCCUGAAGGACUUCACCAAAACGCUGACGUCAGACAAGGCGACCUUCUCCAUUGGCACGGAUCCCACCAGCGCCUUGCGAGUCAAGGGGCCGCUGGUCUCCAGAUCCCACGCGGUGGUGGAGUUCCAGCCAGACAAAGGCUCGGUGUACGUGGUCGACACCUCCACGAACGGGACCUUCCUGAACGGCAAGCGCCUGCCUCCGAAGGCCAGCGCCAAAGUCAUGCUCAGCCACGGCGAUGAGCUGCUGCUGCAGGAUCCGAGCCAGGGGGCCGAGUUCGGGUACAUGGUGAACGUGGAGCUGAGCUGAGCCGAGAGAUGGGGCCGCUAGCGGUGGCAAGAAGGCUCGCGCUUUUCGCAGAAAGGCUGCGCCCCAACCCCCACGAGCCGGUUGGAAAAA